GAGAGCGGACGUGCACGGACGCGUACGCUGGCGCAUCGCAUCACUAAAUUCCGUUCGGUUACGUUCUGGCGUGUUUUUUUCUGUUUGUCGCGUUGUUAUUAACUUUUGUAUUUUACUACCACUACAAAACAUUGUAUAAUUUCUGUACUCCGCCGUUAACACGCCGCUUUUUGCCUUUUUGCCACCUGUACAAGUUCUGGAGAAAAAGAUAGUUCGGGAAACAGAGCGUUUUCAAUGCCGGCUUUAAUGUAUGUGUUUUGCUGACGUUCCGAAUUGUCAAAUCUAAUUCGUGUUAACAGUUAAAAGAAAUCGAAAUAAUAAAAGUGGGAUAAAGCAAGAGUGCAACCGAAUACUUAUGGAUAUCCGUUAUUAUCAGCAGAUAUCGCGUAUACGACUCGUGUUACAUUGAAGGUAAAACGCCAAAAUUUGUUUGUGUUUAAGUGCGUAGCCGAAUUUUAAGUGAAUAACAGAAACAAAAACUAUCUACAGCAGCAAGCACAUUAGUUGCUAUUAAAUUAUAUUGCAAGUUACAAGCUGAGGGCGAAAAAACAAAAAAAAAAAACAACAAAAUAAUCAAGCGAUACAAGGCAAAAAAAUAAACAACAAAAACAAACAAUAACAGCGGCAGACGCAGCGAAAAUAACGUUUAAGUGAGCAGCGACUGCACCGUCAACGUCGACUGCGACUGCGGCAGAGGGUGCAACAGCAGCGAAAACACCAACAAAAUGUCGAAAAACUUUUGAGCCAACAAGAUGCAAGCCGUCAUGGACACGGCCCCCAUGGCCAUCGCCGUGGGCUCCUCCGGUUCGGGUUCCGGAUCCGGAUCCGUCUCCGGCUUGAGCUCAGGCUCCAGUUCCGGCCCCGGAAGCAGCAGCAGCGGGAGCAGCAGCAGCGGCUACGGCAGCGCCACAACCACGCCCACCGGCGGCGGUCACUACGACAAUUCGCCCACCUCGAUGCCAAUGGCCACGAUUGCGACAGUGGCUCCUUUUUACAGCGAGGCACUGACUUCGUUGGAUGCCCAGCAGCGACAGCAACAGCAGCAGCAGCAGAAUCCGGCCCAUUUUUACCACCAGAACUAUGGAUACGGAAACUCUCUGCCCCUGGAUCCCGCCUACAAUUACAGUGGAGCUCCGUAUAACACGUACAGUGCCCCAUCAGUGGGGCAACAACUGCCUGGGAAUAGUUAUCCCGUAGGUGGAAACCGCUAUGACCAGUUGGCUUCAAGUUCAGGGGUAAAAUAUGGCGGUAACCCGAUUGCUGGUAGUACAGGGAUUAAGCCACAGGCCAUGGCCACGCCCUUUUACGCCCAACCAAUGUCCGGCGGAGCGGCGGGAUCAAGUGGAUAUAUGGCCAAAACGAAUGCCAUGUACGAUCCGUACAAGUACAAAAUACCACCCGCCCAAUCCACGUCGCAACCAAUGAUGCCAAGCAAUCAGACAGGCAGCGCGGUUCCGGGUCCACCGGCGAGUCAAUUGUACAGUCACGGUAUGUGCCUAAAUGCCGCCGUGGCUCAGAAACAGUCGCAGAUGACGCAGCCGCAGCCACAGCUAACCCAAUUGGAGACAAACUAUGCGGCCAUUAAGCCCAAUAGAAGCUACCAAGGAAUGCCCACGUCUGCGGUUUACGGUGGAUCCAAUGGAAACUCCAGUGGAGUGGUUAACAAUCCUACGUCGGCGCAAUAUUACGAGAAGUACGGAAUGGCCAUGGGCAUGUAUUCGCCAAACGGGGGAUUACCCAUGUACGGCCAGCAGGAAUUGGGACCCGACUCCUCAGGACUGCAAUCUUACAGGAAGCCCACGAAUAACUGUCACUGGAGAGGGGAGUACAAUUCGCCCAACUACAGAUCUCUGCCGCCGGCGGCGGUGUCCAACAGUUCGUAUCAUCACCCCCAUCCGGGACCUGGUCCUGGUCCUGGUCCAGGACCCGGAACCCUAAACAGUGAAAUAUACUACGGCUCAACGAAGUACGAUAAAUACGGUAGCACUGGUGUAACGCCCUAUGCCAGUAAUCCGUAUGCGGGUCCUUCGAUUACGCAAUCCUACGGCGGACGUAAUUUGUGGUCGGGUACGGAGAAUGCCCCAGCGAAUUCCCGCCAGAAUUGUUGUUCCCAGGGAUAUGCCUUAAACCAGCAAAGCUGUUUUUACCCAAGGAGUAAUGGUUAUGGAUCGAUUUCCGGACCCUAUGGAACCGCUGGAAGUGCCCCGCAAUCACAGCCACAAUAUCCCGGAACUGGAUCCUCCGGCGCCACUGCCAUAAAGCUCAAGCAUUCAACUGAUAUGUACGUGGGUCACGGCCCCUAUGAAGCCACGCCCAGUCAACUGGGUUACGGAUACAACCCACAAGCGCUGUCGGGGUCCACCACAUCGAAUAACAUGAACGGCCAAAGAUACGCGGCCCCGUUGGGCAUGGGAAUGGGCGGAAUGGGUAUGGGAAUCGGAAUGGGCAUGGGCAUGGGCAUGGAUCCCGGAAGCGGUGGCUUCUACAACGAUCUUACCCUCAACAGCUUGGACAACUACGUGGCACCAUCGAUGUCGCCACAGUCUCUGCGGAGCCAACCCUAUCAGGAUUAUCGCAAGAGAUCGGCCAUAGUUGGUUCCUCAUCUUCGGGAAGCUGUUACAUGGGACAAACGGGAAUCGGAGGAGGACCCCUCACCAAUCUCGAUGCCCAAGUGGAAAACUAUGUGGGCUUCAAUCUCCAUGCCUCCGCACCCUCCACCCUCAAUUAUUCGGUGGAAUCUGCGAAAGCUACGCAGAACUACAGCAUCCGGGAAUUUCUCUCCACCUGGAAGGUGGACGAUGAGGAUGAGGCAACUGCUGUCCUGGAGAUGGAUACUCCGGCUGUGGCGGUGGUGCCUCCCGUGUCUAACCCAACCCCCAACUUCAUGUACGAAUCUCUGCCACCAAUAGGACCUCAAGCUACAGCGGUCGUGGAUCAUCAGGGUAUUAAUUUGCCAGACAUUAUCAUAGAUAUUGAAAAGGCCAAUGGAAGUGGUGGUGUUCCUGUCGACGAUUCCUUUGGCAGCUUCGAUGUGGAGAAGGAGUUGGAUGAACUGCGUCUCAAGACUAGUGCCACUGACCAACAACCUGUCAAUGAAAGUGAUGCCUUGGCAGAGAUUCUUCGACAACCCGUGACUGCUCCUUUAAUGGUGGAACAACCCUCGGCUCUUCCUUUGUCCAGUCCUAUUCUUAACAGUGAGGUCUUUGCUAAUGUUUCCCAACCUCCUGUGGCCAUGGACUUCGAUCAGAACAACAGCUCGAACUCGAAUGAAUCAACCUUUGCCAAGGAGUACGAGACCUUUAUUCACAAGAACGUAGGCUCCGAAAGUGAGACAGAAGAGGUGAGUGCCCAGGAUGAAGGCGAGUACGGAGAAAAUGCAAAAAGAUUCAAAUUCUACAAAAGAAAGGGCAUGACCACAGAACCCCAGGAACAAAACUAUGAAGUACAAAAGGUGGAGGAUUUUAACCCAAGUCACAAUGUAAUCUCCUUAUCUCCGAAGGCUUCGGCCAGAGCCAGUCAAAAGCUGCUUGCCAAAAAGCGGCGUAAUCGCAUUCAGAUGCUGAAGAUCCUGGAAUUCGAGAGUCCAAAGAUCAAGUAUCGUCACUACUUCAGGGUCCUCAAAGUUUUGAGAAAGAGAACCGCCUCCUGUCGAACAAGGAAACUCCGAAAAAUGCUGAUGAAGAAGCAAAUGACAAGAUUAAAGGAGAAUCGUCUACCCCUGAUCAAGAGACUGAUGAAGAAAUAUGUUGUUGGACCACCACUUCAUAAUCCUGCCAGUCUCAAGGGAUUAAGUGUCUCGGCUUUGAAUUCCUCUGCGUUCAGAAGAUGUUUGCUGAGUGGAACAGAUCGGGAAACGGUCAUCAAGAGUGGCUAUAGCUACAAAGACAAGACUGAAGAGCUUCAUGUCGAGCUGAAUCUGGAGGAGCAGGGCAUGGACACCAAAUCCCUAGAGCUGCAGUCCAACUUUAAGGGGUUCGAUGACAUUGAAAAUACGAAUAUGUCGCCAAAAAUAAAUUUGAGGGUGGAUCCGGAUGAGGAGGUUAAGAGCACCGCGCAAGCCCCAGUGGAGGAUGUUGCCCCAAAUAAGGAGGAGCAAAUACAAGCCUGGCUAAAAAAUAGUGUGGUCCCUUUGAUAGAAACUGAACCAUCCAAGCCCGUGCCUAGUAUAACAAUAUCAUCAUCCUCUUCGUCAUCUUCGAGUUCGAGUUCCAGUAGCUCCAGUUCAGACGAUGACUCCAGCAGUACGAGUAGCCAAGCUGAAGAUGGAGCUUCGUCCAGUAGCACCAGUUCCAGUAGCACCAGUUCCCAGAGUUCUACGGCCGGAGAAGAAAGCGACUUUAACGAGCUGGCUGCCCUGGAAAAGGAACUGUCCCAAUCACAAACCGAAGAAACCAAGCGGGAACUUUCUCCCCUGGAGAUGAUGACGAAAGGAGAGACCCUUGAGGAUUCGCCACAGGAAGUGGAGGUCUCCAACCACGAUAUUGCCAAACUGAAGCAGAUCCUGGAGAGCGAUGGCGACGAGAUCGUGAACAGCUCCCGGUUCGCCAGCGUACCAAAGCUAAGUGACCUUAGUAAGAUUGCCUUAAAUAGUUCCUUAAAAAACAGAGAGUUAGUCGUAAGAGGGAAUGGGGAUGCAUCUCUUUUCGAGGAAUCAAAAUCUACGGACGAACGUGAUCCCGCCCUCCGGGAGUUGAGCGUAGAGGAGGCUUUGGCGGAGAUGUAUCAACAAGUAGGCGUGGCCUCUGACCCGGAGGAUUUUGAGGGCAAGGACGGUGAAGCGGAACCGAACGUCAAUGGUCAGGAUGUCCUGCUUAUUAGCCUGGCCGAAAUCUUCGAUUCCAGCAAUGAUCUCUAUGUGGUCCAGUGCGAUAUGAACGAGAAUAUCCUGGGAGUGGUGGCCAAUGAGGAGGAUCAGGAGGUCGAGGGAGAGCCCAAUCAGGUUAAUCUCGUCCAGGUGAGUCCUGAGGAGGUGGAGCAAGUCAACACCCUGCAGCUCAUCCAGCUAUUGGCCGAACCACAGCCUGAAUUCGAUGGCACACCAUUAAUACACCACGAGGAGAUAAUUCGUGACGAAAAGCCAGAUCCCCAAAAGGAUCGGCGAGAGUUGCUCAAAUAUCUGCAUGAAAAGUAUGUGCAGAGUCGGAUAAGCCGCUACUACCACGCCCAUCGUGUCCUGCGGAAGUACAAGCGCCAGAGGGCAGGCAAGAAACGCCCUCGGAGGAGGGUCAAAUAGGACUCCGGCUUCUACCAAAGAUUUUUCUGGUCCUUGGAUAGGAUCCGAUGUGUUCGGCUUGUCUAAAAAACGAAAAUCCAGAGAGGCUUGCCUAAUCGGAUACUAACUGAAAGAUACACCACACACACCACACACGUAGAUACACCACAAAGAAAUCUUAAGAUACGGAUACAAAUGCAGCUACACUUUACCAGAAUCUCAAGACUUUUUAAAAUAUUUAAAUUUUCUUUAGGAAACGGAAUAUAGCAUAAUGAUAACUAUAGUCGUUGUUUUAGGGAAAUCAUUAUUUUUAAACUUUUACGAUACUUAUUUUACACCUAAUCAUAUAGAGUACCAUAUAUAUAUAUAUAUAUAUUUUAGAUAUCUGUGCAAUAUUUACAUGGAAAAUGUCGUGUUUAUCUGGAAUGCGCAAAUUCGAAUCUCGAUGAGCAUGAGUAAGCAGCGUUAGACGAAGGGUUAAUCGGGGGUCAGUUGGGGAUUUUGGAGUUUCGUCCAAGUCGCGUGCAAUUAACCAGAUAUAUACAUAUUUUAUCGGCUAAUGUAUCAGCGUUUUAGUCGCUCAGCGAGUCGGGCCAUUUUUAAAUGCUGUUUGCCAAAGGUCAAGCCCAGAUUGAGAUACAUUCGCAAUAUGACAUAUGUAUCAGUUGCGUGUUAGCCUCGGCAUUAGUGGGGGGAAAAAAUUUCCCGCCAACCCCCUUAGUUUAAAUUUUUUAUUGCCACCAAAUGCAGCUUAAACCAAAAAGUAAAAAGAAACUGAAUAUAUCUGUUGGAAUUGUUUGAUCUGUUAGUAGCCGAAGACUUUGUUUGUUUUUAGUGCAAUUAUUUAUUAGGUUCCUAGAGCAUUUUGUUGUUUGUCCUAGGGUUAAGGGGAGUCCCAGGAUUGUUAAGCUUUGACCCCGUAUCUGAAUAUAAAACCCUUAUUCCUUUAUCGACCAGUAAACCGAAGAAGGUUUAGUUUCCGAGGGCCCAUCCCUAAUUGAUGCCUAAUACACUCUGCGAUUUCAAGGCAUAACCAAUUCGGGAAACUAAUCAAAUUUGGUAAGGGGACCUUAGAGAAUUCUCAACGCCGACUUAUAUAAAAUACGAAUGCGGAAAACAAUUCAAGGGCAAAGCCAAAUGUGGAACUGAACCAACUUCCGUGCUGGUCUAUAGUCUAAGAUUCCCAGCCAACUGCUACCCUAAAAUAUUGUAAUCUUAGCUUAUACACGAGACCACCUAGAUGUCAUUUUUCUCUCGUAACACAUUCCAAAGGACCAAACUUUUUGAAACUAAUACAAAUCUAAUGUCUAGCUAAGCUUCUAAAUGUAUGUUUUCGUUUGUAACUUUUUUAAACUAUGUAAUACGCUUAAUUUUAGUACAAAAAACAAAAUGCAAGAGCUAGCCCACUAAAUGGAGUUAUAAUGUUAUAGCAGUAAACAUAUUAUUUAUUGCGCAAUAUGUACAUACAUCUCUCACUCCAUUGCAACUCCACAAUGGUUAUACAUAUGCCUUUAGAUCUAUUUAUGUAUAUUGAAAGGUUUUCACUGUACUUUAGCGUAAAGAUUUGUGACUAGAUCAACGUGAGUGUCUUUAAACAAACCAAACAAAAGAAAUGAUAUACGAAAUCCUAAAAGUGAAAUAAAUGUUUUAUGUAAUUGUUAAUCGA